CACACACACACACACACACACACACACACACACACACAAUAAUGGGCUUCAGUCUCUCUAAUGGGAACAUUUUCCUUGGAGAUGAUUUCCUCCCUUUUUAUUAGGAGCUGGGAUGAAUCUAAUGGGAAACAUCAUGGAACAAAAUUGGUGCGUGCCUAUAAGAGGAAACAGUCUUAAACAUUGGAAUUAUAUAGAAUAUGAUGCAUUUUUCUUAGUUUAUGCCUUUAAUGAGCUGAUGUACUUAUAUAUCUGUAUUAUUCAUUUGUGGAUUUGUGUCUAAUACCCUGAUCUUAGUAAUUAUUUUAACAACGCAAUUAAAGAAGAGCAAAUUUUUUAAUUGCUCUCCAUUUUUUCUGCAGCUGGUACUAAACUGUUAUCAAAAGGUGUGUAAUUGAUUUUGGAGGAAUUUGUUCAUGUAGUCAGGUGAUUUUACAGCAGACCUAUUCAUAUCAGAACAUGAUGUUGCUCAGGAAAGAAAUCCACAAUAUUUGCUUCAACUGCAUUUUUAUUUUAUUUAUAACCAGUAAAUAUGUACAUAAUCACCAUAACUCAGAUGUCCAUAACUGUGACAUGAAAAAGAAAUCUGUUUUGAUGCUGCGAAGGAGGUGGAUGGGCGUCUUUGUGACGUCGGCGGAGCAGAAGGGGAGCUGACUCACUCCGUUCCGGUGAUCAUUUCCCCUCAUAUGGACUCUGUGUCGGAAGCGCAGUCUAAUAGAGAGUCGUCCUGUUUAUGGGGAAAGGAGCUAAAGAAACCCGUUUCUCCUCUGCUUUUUAAAUCUGAGGUGGCACAAACCGGUGUCCGUGUUUGUAGAGCGGAGCCUGGGCUUGUAUCCAAACUCCGAGGAAUUAUCACCGAGCUUGGUUUUCCUGCGUCGCACAGCAUCACUCCUGGAGUUGUGUUUCAUAUGAUGAGAACAUUUCUGGAUGCACAGAAAGCAGCAAUCGAAGAAUUUGCCAUGAAUAAAAACAAGAGAGAAAGAGAGUUCUACAGCCUUGAUGUUGGGGAUUCAACAUUCACGGUACUGAAGCGAUACCAGAACCUAAGACCCAUUGGCUCUGGAGCACAGGGGAUCGUCUGCUCUGCAUAUGAUCAAAUCCUUGAACGAAAUGUUGCCAUCAAGAAGCUGAGUCGGCCGUUUCAGAACCAGACCCAUGCCAAGAGGGCGUUCAGAGAGCUAGUCCUAAUGAAAUGUGUCAAUCACAAAAAUAUCAUUGGCCUUCUUAACGUUUUUACUCCACAAAAAUCUUUUGAAGAGUUCCAAGAUGUAUACUUGGUGAUGGAGCUGAUGGAUGCUAACUUGUGCCAGGUCAUUCAAAUGGAGCUGGACCAUGAGCGGUUGUCCUACCUGCUCUAUCAGAUGCUGUGUGGUAUCAAACACCUCCACUCUGCUGGGAUCAUUCACAGGGACCUCAAACCCAGUAAUAUAGUUGUCAAGUCUGACUGUACACUAAAGAUUUUGGACUUUGGGUUGGCUCGAACGGCUGCCACAGGCCUCCUGAUGACACCAUAUGUGGUUACACGUUACUACAGAGCUCCAGAAGUGAUCCUGGGAAUGGGCUACCAAGCCAACGUGGAUGUGUGGUCAGUGGGCUGCAUAGUGGCUGAGAUGAUCAGGGGAAGUGUUUUGUUCCCUGGCACUGAUCACAUCGACCAGUGGAACAAGGUAAUUGAGCAGCUAGGCACUCCAUCUCAGGACUUUCUAAUGAAGCUGAAUCAGUCGGUGAGAACAUAUGUGGAGAACAGGCCUCGGUACGCCGGCUACAGCUUUGAGAAACUCUUCCCAGACGCUCUCUUCCCUGCUGACUCCGAUCACAACAAACUGAAAGCGAGCCAAGCCAGAGAUCUUUUAUCUAAGAUGUUGGUCAUUGAUGCAUCCAAGCGUAUCUCUGUAGAUGAAGCCCUGCAGCACCCUUACAUUAAUGUCUGGUAUGAUCCAGCUGAAGUGGAAGCACCUCCUCCAAAGACCCUAGACAAACAGCUGGAUGAGAGAGAGCAUACAGUGGAGGAGUGGAAAGAGCUAAUCUAUAAAGAAGUGAGUGAAUGGGAGGAACGAGCAAAGAACGGAGUGAUUAGGGGCCAGCCGUCUCCUCUAGGUGCAGCAGUGAUCGACAGCCCUCCCCAGCACACGUCCUCCACCUCUUCAUCCUCAUCUUCAGCGAACGACGUGUCAUCCAUGUCAACGGAGCCCACUGACCCCAGCAGCGACCCCGCUCUGGGCUCUGAAACAGACAGCAGUUUGGACAGCCACACCUCUCUUGGUGCUCUGGCCUGCUGCAGAUAACUAAAAAAACAACCAUUCCUCACUAGUGUGCUUGGUGGGGAAACCAUCUAAGCUACUGGAACUCAUCUUAGUUUGUUGAGCUGCAAUUUAAAUGUACAGUUUGUUUUUAAUUCUCCUGUAAAUUAUUGUGUUUUGAAAUUGUAUCAUAAUUACUGUAUUUUUGCUGCAAAGAAUCGGAGGAUGUUUUGACGUGAAACUGUGAUGUAUCUAAUGAAAGGAAAGGAUUUGAGUGUAUUUUAUCAUUUUUAGCAACAGCUACAGAGUUAAAUACUAUGAAUGAAAUACCAUGCAAGGUAUAUUUUUGAUCAUUAUGUCAAUUUUUUAGACUUUUGAAUGAAUGUUUACCAGUCAUGUCCAUCAGUAGAUAAUAGCAUCUUUCAUCUACUAACUAGAAUUUUAUUUUGAAGUGUUACUAUUUUUUCCUGUAGAAAGCAGCCUUUAAUGUAAUGAUAUAUUAAUAUAAUUCUUUUUCAAAUAUU